UAAUUAAACGUUAAUUAACAAUGGCCACAUUAGUUCGAUUAAAUGUUUCAAGUUCAUCUUCUUUUAUUUCUUUUUAUUUUGUGCCAGUGUGUGAAUAGUGAUGAUGUCCAUGGUAAUAUAUUACCGGAGGUUGAAUUGAAUGAAAAUGAGCAAGACUCUUUAUUCGAAAAAACUACACCUAUGCUAAGUACAUUCCAUAGAGUAACCAAAAAGUAUCAAUGCAUGCUCGAUGGGUAUGACUCUAGGUCAGUCUCUUUACUCUAUGGAUCGAAAGCAUGGACAUUCCCCCGGCAAGAUGUUAAUUUAGUAAUAAAAUAUCCAGCCGCGGGAAACUUGACAGACUAUUGCAUAACUAAAGUAACAGUGAUCCUGUACCUAGACGGAUCUCAAAGUAGAGGCUAUAUUAAAGAUGGCGGGAUACUCGAAAACCAUAUAGAAAUGAACUUUAUAGUGACAAACACAACACGGUUGGCUUAUCAGUUUUGGCUGAAUGGUGCUCCUGCUUCCGAGUUAGACUUACAUAAUCAACAUUAUAGAAAGUUAUGCUGAAA